GAUUUUAUUAACUUAAACUUAAACCAAACCAAAACCAAAUCCAAAACCCGACUCAGAUCCUUCCCUUUCCUUUCUCAAUUCCAGGAACCCUGCAAAUGUCUCCCUUCCCAUCCGAAAACGGCGUCGAAGGAGACGACGAGAGAGAAGAAGAAGAAGACGAAGAUGUAGAUGAUGAUGAAGAAGAAGAAGAAGCGGAGGAGGACGAAGAGGAGCCCAGGCUUAAGUAUCAAAGAAUGGGAGGUAGCAUCCCUUCCCUGCUCUCAGGCGAGGCCGCCUCCUGUAUCUCCGUCGCCGAACGCAUGAUCGCACUCGGAACGCACGAUGGAACCGUUCAUAUCCUCGACUUUUUGGGAAAUCAGGUUAAGGAAUUUGCUGCUCAUUCAGCUGCAGUGAAUGACCUUAGUUUUGAUAUAGAAGGUGAAUAUAUUGGAAGCUGUUCAGAUGAUGGCUCUGUUGUACUAAAUAGUCUUUUCACUGACGAGAAAUUGACAUUUGAGUAUCAUCGUCCUAUGAAAGCCAUUGCACUUGACCCUGAUUAUGCAAGAAAAACAUCUAGGAGAUUUGUAACUGGUGGUUUAGCUGGUCACUUGUAUUUUAAUACCAAAAAGUGGCUUGGCUAUAAGGAUCAGGUGUUGCACUCAGGUGAAGGUCCAAUCCAUGCAGUGAAAUGGAGAACGAGUCUCAUUGCUUGGGCUAAUGAUGCGGGAGUAAAAGUUUAUGAUGCUGCAAAUGAUCAGCGGAUUACAUUUAUAGAAAGACCAAGAGGGACUCCUCAUCCUGAAAUCUUGCUCCCUCAUUUAGUUUGGCAGGAUGAUACUUUAUUGGUGAUUGGCUGGGGUACUUCUGUGAAAAUUGCUGCAAUAAGAACAAAUCUGAACAAGGGAACAAAUGGAACAUAUAAGCGUGUUACGUCUAACAUGAACCAAGUAGAUAUUGUGGCAUCGUUUCAAACUAGCUAUUAUAUAUCAGGGAUUGCGCCUUUUGCUGAUGCUUUGGUUGUUCUAGCCUAUAUUCCUAGUGAAGAUGGAGAGAAGGAAUUUAGCAGUGCAAUGCCAUCAAGACAGCAGGGAAAUGCACAGAGACCAGAGGUACGUAUAGUGUCUUGGAACAAUGAUGAAUUGGCAACUGAUGCUCUACCUGUACAUGGCUUUGAGCACUACAAAGCAAAGGACUAUUCCUUGGCUCAUGCCCCCUUCUCAGGCAGCAGUUAUGCCGGUGGACAGUGGGCUGCUGGUGAUGAACCAAUAUACUAUAUUGUAUCACCAAAGGAUGUUGUCAUAGCAAAACCUAGGGAUGCUGAGGAUCACAUUUCAUGGCUUCUUCAACAUGGAUGGCAUGAAAAAGCUUUAGCAGCAGUUGAGGCUGGGCAGGGACGAAGUGAACUUCUUGAUGAAGUCGGAUCUAGAUACCUUGAUCAUUUGAUUGUGGAAAGGAAAUAUGCUGAGGCUGCAUCCUUGUGUCCUAAAUUGUUGCGAGGAUCUGCUACAGCUUGGGAAAGAUGGGUAUUCCAUUUUGCUCAUCUCCGUCAGCUUCCUGUAUUGGUUCCAUAUAUGCCAACAGAAAACCCCAGGCUGCGUGAUACUGCUUAUGAGGUUGCUCUUGUGGCUCUGGCAACAAAUCCAUCAGUUCAUAAGGAUCUUUUGUCAACUGUUAAAUCAUGGCCACGUGUCAUUUAUUCCGCAUUGCCUGUCAUUUCUGCAAUUGAGCCCCAGCUAAAUACUUCGUCAAUGACUGAUGCCCUUAAAGAGGCACUUGCAGAGUUGUAUGUUAUUAAUGGGCAGUAUGAGAAAGCUUUUUCACUGUAUGCUGAUCUCAUGAAGCCAGAUAUAUUUGACUUCAUUGAAAAGCACAACUUGCAUGAUUCUAUUCGUGAAAAGGUUGUGCAGUUGAUGAUGGUUGAUUGUAAGCAAGCAGUUAAUUUGUUGAUCCAAAAUAGGGACUUAAUUGCACCAUCUGAAGUUGUUUCACAGCUUCUGAAUACUAGAAAUAAGUGUGAUUCGAGAUAUUUCUUGCAUUUAUAUCUGCAUUCCUUGUUUGAAGUAAACCCACAUGCUGGCAAGGAUUUUCAUGAUAUGCAGGUAGAGCUUUAUGUUGAGUAUGAGCCGAAGAUGCUACUUCCUUUUCUUCGCAGUAGUCAACAUUACACAUUGGAGAAGGCGUAUGAGAUCUGUGAUAGAAGAGAUCUUUUAAGGGAGCAAGUAUUCAUCCUUGGAAGAAUGGGGAAUUCAAAACAAGCUCUUGCUGUCAUCAUAAAUGAAUUAGGAGAUAUAGAAGAGGCUGUAGAAUUUGUGACCAUGCAGCAUGAUGACGAUCUUUGGGAAGAACUAAUUCAUCAAUGCCUCCAUAAACCAGAAAUGGUGGGCGUCUUAUUGGAACACACUGUUGGCAAUCUUGAUCCUCUCUAUAUUGUAAAUAUGGUGCCCAAUGGCCUAGAGAUACCUCGGCUGAGGGAUCGUCUAGUCAAAAUUAUUACUGAUUACAGAACUGAAACUUCUCUCAGACAUGGCUGCAACGAUAUACUUAAGGCUGAUUGUGUUAACCUGUCGGUAAAAUACUACAAUGAAGCGAAACGAGCAGUUUGCUUGAGUAAUGAAGAAGAUGAUGCACGAUCCAAGAGGGAUGCCAGUAGAGCUUCUCAAGUCAUAACACCUAGUGUGAGAAACAUGGAGGUUAAGUCUAAAACAAGGGGAGGUGGAAGAUGUUGCAUGUGUUUUGACCCUUUCUCGAUACAAAACGUAUCAGUCGUUGUGUUCUUUUGCUGCCAUGCUUAUCACACGACUUGCUUGAUGGAAUCUACUGAAAUUAAUAGCACCAACAAAAAAGGGACUGGAGGCCCCUCUGAGGGGUUAUAUGAGUAUGAAUAUGAGGAGGAGCAGGAGGAUGACAAUGGUAGCGAGGCCGGUGGUCCUCGGAUGCGAUGUAUUCUAUGUACUACAGCUACGAGUUAAGUUUGGUUUGCAUGCCUUUAUAUGUGCGUGUCGUGUGUGGGUGUGCGUGCGUGCGUGCUUUUUGCUCGCAAAUUUUUUUUGGGUCGUGGUUUAGGUUUUGCUUACCUUGUGCUCCUGCCUAUCGACAUUCAUGAUUCUUUCUUUCUUUCUGUUGCCCCCUUGUUAUUCCCUUGAAUGCCGUUGUGCCUCAAUUAGUGGCAACUUUUGUAUUAUAUAGAUCCUCAUCCAUGUAAUUAUUGGAAAGUGUAAUUAAUCCUUUUUGGCGUUUGAUGAUAUAUGUAGUGUAUCUUGCACUCUAAACAAAGUUUUUAAUGAAAUAAUAAGCUACGACUUGCAGCGAGAGCUUGACCACUA